AUGGAAAACUUUGUUGAACUCCUCGAUGGCCCCCAACAGUUUGUUAAAGAAAGUAUCCAGUUUGUUAGCAGAUGCACCAAGCCUGAUAGAAAGGAGUUUGUCAAGGUCACUCAGGCUGUAGGCGUCGGCUUCAUUCUUAUGGGAUUCAUUGGUUUCUUUGUCAAGUUGAUUCAUAUCCCCAUAAACAAUAUCAUUGUGUAA